AUGGUAGAGAUCUCGAUUCUAGCCCCUCCUCCAAGCACACUGGAUUUUGCCCAGAUGGCUUUCAAAAAUUUCUUCCUCUUGCAGACGGGAGUGGAAUGGGAGAACAGAUUCAACCAAAAAGCAUGGGACAACAGAUCCAAGCGUGGUUCGCCCUCACAAUCACCCACAAAGAAAGAUCAAGGGAAGCAAAUCCCAGCCCAUCAAGGCUGGUAUACCUUGCAAACAGGAAGUGUCAUGUCCGCAUACUUGAAGCAAUCUUCUUUGCCACAACCCGCCUCAGAGGUCGCCCAUGCUGAAGUCGAACCUGCGGAUAAAACGAGAUUAGAUGAAGGCACGACUGGUCAGAAGGGUGACCCUCCUGUGGAGGAUGGUGAGGACAGCGGCGAUGAUGGUGACAACGAGUCUUCUAGGAGUUGCAGCGCCUCUUCUAUGGUUGAGCAAAUGUUGGAUGAAGGGCUCAAUCAUGGCAAUGAUAAAUUCCAUAAAGAUCUACCACCGCCACAAUAUGGAAACUACACUGACUACAGCUCCCCGCACAACGAAUACUGCGAUGAUACUGUUGAGUUCUACAAAUUGAAUGCCAUGGCUCUGCUCGAGUCAACACCCAGUGAACAUUCAGGUGGACCUUGCGAUGAAUCUUGUGAUGCAUCUUGUGAUGAACCUUCUAAGACAAUUCAAUUGAUACUGAAUGCGGAGGUGAAUUAG